ACUUCGACUGGUGAAACCCGGCCCAGCGGGGAGUGGGGGGCUCGGCGGGAGGCAGGAAGGAAGGAGCGGAGCCGGGAAGGGCGGGUGCUAGCGCUCAGGUGGAACUUUUCCUCCUGCUUGCAAGCCGAGUGGAGCUGGGAUACGGAGUCGGAGGUUGGACGGUUGUCUGGAGGCUUUUUCUUCUUUUUUCCGUGUUUACAAAAGCAACUCCUGCUCCUUGUAAAAAGGAACCAGCCCAUCGUUAUUGGAAGGUCAAACCGGUAUGAACCGGGGAGAGAUCACCCUUGGGUCCAGCGAUGUGACUCCUGGCAAUAGCUGGACAGGCCUAUCAGAAUCCACUAACUGCCCCACAGUGUUUGUGUCCCAGGAGAGAGCAAGGAGACUCCAGACCAGCACAGAUAUCCUGAGGCAACCUGAGGAGCUGCCCAGAGGUCUCCUCGGACCAAUCGCAAACUCUGGGGACCAGGAUGAGGUGUCUGCGGCCCCUGCGGACUGAAGUGGGACUGGCUGUGGCUCUGGGCACCUUCACUCUCUUCUUCUUCUUCAAUCUGCACAUGUCACCACCCACCUGCCCAGGCCUGAAGGAGCCACCAAGUACCCCCUUGGCUCUGGUCUGGCCCUCUCCACCACCCUCCCGCCCCCUGCCCUCCCCCUGCCAGGCCAACGCCUCAAUGGCCUCCCUGCCUGACUUCGCCAGGCAGCCACGGCACAUACGCAACUUCCUGCUCUACAAACACUGCCGGGAUUUCGUGCUGCUCCAGGAUGUGCCGCUGGACAAGUGCGCACAGCCAGUCUUCCUGCUGCUGGUGAUCAAGUCCUCGCCCAGCAAUUAUGAGCGCCGGGAACUGGUGCGGCGCACGUGGGGCCACGAGCGCCAGGUACACGGCUUCCUUGUGCGCCGCCUCUUCCUGGUGGGCACGGACCCCAACCCGUUGGAGGCACGCAAGGUCAACCGGCUGCUGGCCAUGGAGGCGCAGAUGCAUGGUGAUAUCCUACAGUGGGAUUUCUACGACUCAUUCUUCAACCUCACGCUCAAGCAGGUACUCUUCCUCCAGUGGCAGGAGACUCGGUGCACCAAUGCCAGCUUCGUGCUCAAUGGGGACGAUGACGUCUUUGCCCACACAGGCAACAUGGUCACCUACCUGCAGGGCCAUAACCCUGACCACCACCUCUUCGUGGGGCACCUUAUCCACAAUGUGGGCCCCAUCCGCUUUCCUUGGAGCAAGUACUAUGUGCCGAAGGUGGUGAUGGAGGACGAACACUACCCGCCCUACUGUGGGGGGGGUGGCUUCCUGCUGUCCCGCUUCACAGCCACCGCCCUGCGUCGUGCCGCCCGCACCCUGGACCUCUUCCCCAUUGAUGAUGUCUUCAUGGGCAUGUGCCUGAAACGAGAGGGCCUGGAGCCCGCCUCACACAGUGGUGUCCGCACGGCUGGUGUUCAGGUCCCAUCCAGCCGCCUGUCCUCCUUCGACCCUUGCUACUACCGAGAGCUGCUGCUGGUGCACCGCUUCUUGCCCUAUGAGAUGCUGCUCAUGUGGGAUGCGCUGAGCCAGCCCAACCUCAGCUGUGGCAAGCGAACACAGAUCUACUGAGGUGGUGUCUAGGAGCCCAGCCUCAAGGCCUCCCAUCUCCACCCCUGCAGGAAGGGCAGCAGCUUCCUCCAAGGAAGUGGGAAGCGGAGACGUUUGUCCUGCUAAGUGGGCGGGGCCUAGGAGGGUACCCAAGGGAGUUGGAUGACUGAAUCAUCUGGCCAGUGAAUUCCUACACAGCCUUCAAAACCUACAUGGUUCUGUUGGAUCAUCCUCCUGCCCCGGAUCUCAGCGAGAGGGACCAUCUGUUUCCAUAGUAGCUAAUAGCAGAAGCACUUCUGCAGGGGUCCCAGCUGUUCCUGCUGCAUCCAUCCCCUUUGGUAAAUCUCCCAUUUUCCCAACCCUGACCUUGAUCAUCAGCUGGACCCUAAGCAGUGGCCAGCCUCUCCUUGGUCGUGAUCCUACCAUGGUGGGUGAGUUUUGGCCAUGGUUCAAAGCCAAGUGAGAACACCUGGGUCCACAGUCAGCAGAAAUGAGUAUUUUUCAGUGGGGGAAAGAGGAGUCUCUAGCCCUUCCUGGGUCUUGGGCCACUCAGAUGCUAGGAGGGGCCAGAAAGCCUGUGAAUGGGGAAACCACCUGCCCACUUAUGGCAUCAAACUCUUUUUCUUCUUUGGUCGCCCUGCAGCAUAUGGGGUUCCCGGGCCAGGGAACAGAUCUGAGCCACAGCUGUGACCUAAGUGGCAGCUUUGGCAACACUGGGCCCUCAACCCACCGUGCCAGGUUCCCAGCCCACCCAAGACACCCGCCUGUUGCACCACAGCGGGAGCUUCAGCAUCAAGAUUUUUUAUUGGUGGAAGCAUCGGGGCAGGGUGGGGGUGGGGGGCGCUAUCUGUCUCAGGCAAUGGGAGUUCGGUUUCUGGAGUUCCUGGCACAAUCCAGUCCCUAUGCCUGUGCUCCCCAAGAAUUCACGGGAGAAUAUUGGAGCCAGAGGGGUCUUCUCUGCGCCCAGCCCCCCACACACACCUUGGUGCCCAGAGAAGGGGGAUAUUCGGGUCCUUGGGGGACCCUAAGCUCUGGGACCCCAGGGCUGGCCCCUACCCUAAUGUGUCUUUCAAACUGGGGAGAUCCAAGCAAACUGGUGAUCCCACCCCUGAUGGCCUGACAGGUGCUUGAGACAGGCUUCACACACAUUGGGGUAGUAGAGAGGGGGACCUUGCACAACACAGAGAGGAUUGGAGGGUAGGUCCUCAGGAAUAAAAUGUUUUGUGAAGACUUA